CCUGUGUAAAGGACGGACUCUCUACUCGGUGGUGAGAGACGCCAAAAUCGUCCUGGAUGUCAACAAGACGAGGCAGAUAGCACAAGAGAUUGUGAAGGAUGACAAAGAGAAAACCAGUGGGGAGAGGGUGGGAGGGCUGCUUGGCAGUGGCGCUGUGCCCCCCGUGGUACCCCCAUCUCCAUUUUUUGGCAGGAGGGAGAACAAGCUGCGGAUCCAGAACGGCUGGUUGUGCCACCUCGCCCCCGAGAUCAUCCGCCAGCUGUCCCCGGACACCGAGGAGGACAAGCUGCCCUUCUCCAAGCACUCGGAUGUCUUUGCUCUGGGCACCAUCUGGUACGAGCUGCACGCGCGGGAAUGGCCCUUCAAGACGCAGCCGGCGGAGGCAAUCAUCUGGCAGGUGGGAAGAGGGAUGAAGCCCAACCUCAGCCAGAUCGGCAUGGGCAAGGAGAUCUCGGACAUCCUCCUCUUCUGCUGGGCCUACGAGCAGGAGGAGAGACCCACCUUCACCAAGCUCAUGGACAUGCUGGAGAAACUGCCAAAGCGCAACCGUCGCCUCUCCCACCCCGGGCACUUCUGGAAGUCGGCAGAGCUGUGACGGGAGGAGUCGAGGGACGGUGCCUUCCUCCCCCAGCAGUUCUCCUCUUCCUCUCCGCGUCCCACCCUGUGCCGAGGACGAGCAGCGGGCGCCGGGGACCGACAGCGGGACGGGAAUGAGAGACGGGAAUGAGACGGGAAUGAGACUCUUCCCCCGCACGUUUCACCCCGGGAAGCCUCUGCAAGGGCUGGAGGAGCCGGAGCGGCGGCCGAGCCCCCGGAAUGCCGGGCUGUGGUGGG